AUCGUCACUGUCAUAUGACUUGCCCUCUGCUGUCAUUGCUGUUACUCCAUUGAAGUCAGUAAAACACAUCGAGCGACGAAAACUCUUCAGUUUUCCUCAUAAUAAUGGCAACAUUGGUGGCAAAUCGAGCGAUGGACGUGAACAGCCUUGCAGCAGCUGCGAGGACACACACCCAGGCAGUGUCUAGGAACUACAUCUCCCAGCCGAGGCUAACCUAUUCCACUGUGUCUGGGGUAAAUGGACCUCUCGUUAUUCUGGAUAAUGUAAAGUUCCCCAGGUAUGCUGAGAUUGUUCAUCUAACCCUCCCAGAUGGCACCAGGAGGAGUGGACAGGUCUUGGAGGUUAUCGGGAGCAAGGCAGUUGUUCAGGUGUUUGAGGGGACAUCGGGCAUUGAUGCCAAGAAGACGGCCUGCGAAUUCACUGGUGACAUCCUGCGUACCCCGGUGUCAGAAGACAUGUUGGGGCGCGUGUUCAAUGGUUCAGGCAAACCCAUCGACCGUGGUCCCAGUGUUCUGGCUGAAGACUACUUGGACAUCAUGGGUCAGCCCAUUAAUCCUCAGUGUCGUAUCUACCCCGAGGAGAUGAUUCAGACGGGUAUCUCCGCCAUCGAUGGCAUGAACAGCAUUGCCAGAGGACAGAAGAUCCCCAUUUUCUCUGCUGCUGGGCUGCCUCAUAACGAGAUUGCUGCUCAGAUCUGUCGCCAGGCUGGCCUUGUGCAGAAGGCAAAGGACGUAAUGGACUACAGUGCUGAAAACUUUGCUAUUGUGUUUGCAGCCAUGGGGGUCAACAUGGAAACUGCUCGCUUCUUCAAGUCAGACUUUGAGGAAAACGGCUCUAUGGACAAUGUCUGCCUUUUCUUGAAUCUGGCAAAUGAUCCCACAAUUGAGCGCAUCAUUACACCUCGCCUGGCACUGACCACAGCAGAGUACCUGGCUUACCAAUGUGAGAAGCACGUUCUGGUCAUCCUCACUGACAUGAGCUCCUACGCUGAGGCACUGAGAGAGGUCUCUGCUGCUCGAGAGGAAGUUCCUGGCCGUCGAGGCUUUCCAGGCUACAUGUAUACUGAUCUGGCCACCAUCUAUGAGCGUGCAGGCAGAGUAGAGGGAAGAAAUGGCUCCAUCACCCAGAUCCCUAUUCUGACAAUGCCUAAUGAUGACAUCACCCAUCCAAUUCCUGAUCUUACUGGAUACAUCACAGAGGGCCAGGUCUACGUGGACAGACAGCUGCACAACAGACAGAUCUACCCACCUAUUAACGUGCUGCCCUCACUGUCUCGUCUGAUGAAGUCUGCCAUCGGUGAAGGGAUGACCAGGAAAGACCAUGCUGAUGUGUCUAACCAGCUGUAUGCCUGUUAUGCCAUUGGUAAAGAUGUCCAGGCCAUGAAGGCUGUAGUAGGAGAAGAGGCCCUUACCUCUGAUGAUCUGCUCUACCUGGAGUUCCUGCAGAAGUUUGAGAAGAAUUUUAUUGCUCAGGGCCCGUAUGACAACAGGACUGUAUAUGAAACUCUGGACAUUGGCUGGCAGCUACUUCGAAUUUUCCCUAAGGAGAUGCUGAAGAGGAUUCCUCAGAGCACCUUGGCUGAGUUUUACCCUAGAGAAUCUGCUGCUCGCCACUAAGGUGUACUUAAAAAUGUUCCUUUUCAGGCCCACCUCUUACCUGAUUUUUUUUUCUCCUACCCUUUAUCCUUACCUGCACUCUUUCACCCUGGUGGGCUUAAAAAAUAUGCUGUCAAGCCUCCACUCUUCUCAAACUCCAUGAAUCAUCUCCGCCCUUCAGCACCACAUCGCCCUCCCUUACCCUCAAUAAGGAAGAGGACAAAGGCCUUUCUAAUAUGUGCUUGUACUGUAGCUUGUACUGUUCUGUGUUCUGAAGUUAUCAGUAAGUUUUGGUGGUUCUAGUAUCUACUUUUAAGUGCAAAACAGUGAAAAUAUCAUUGUAGUUUUAGAUCAGUCCUUAUUUAUUCAGUUGUGUACAUGCUCCACCAUUAUUUUCUUUUAAUCAACACAACAAGCUGACUCCAGGAAAAAAACAUAUAAGGAAAGUUGCUUCUAGAUUUCUAAAUUAAGAGACAAAAUUAAAACGGCAUUUAUUUGACUUCACAGUACUGCUAUGUAUUAACUGAAAAUAUUGUCUUAUUUUUUGUUGCUUUCAGAAAGCUGCUGUUGUUUUUUUCCAGUUACCUCAGAUUCAAACAUCUUAACAAAAUUCACACAGAUAUGGGUCAUAAUUUGAUCAGAGGUUUGUCACUUUGCUAUCAUAUGGGCUUAUCUGCCUGAAAUCAGAUAAAGGUGUAAGUUUACAUUGUUGUGUUUUGUUGAGAAUAAUGUAUAAUGAACAUUCCCAUCUGUGUGCAAAAAUUAAUUAUUUGUUGUGGAAAUGAAAUCCUUUGUGAGUAUAUCUCUGAAUAAAUUAAAUUACAUGUAA